UAAGACGCCAUAAGCUCGUGGCCAUUUGAUGCUUUAAAAGCAAGCGCUAAAUUUAGAGAAGCAUUUUUCUACGUUCGUGAAACGGAAAAAUAAGCGUAUCGCAGUAAUGGCAAGAACUAAGCAGACCGCUCGUAAAUCCACCGGUGGCAAAGCCCCGAGGAAGCAGCUCGCAACCAAGGCCGCCCGGAAGAGCGCCCCAGCCACCGGUGGCGUCAAGAAGCCCCAUCGUUACAGGCCCGGGACUGUGGCUCUCCGCGAGAUCCGCCGUUAUCAGAAGUCCACCGAGCUGCUGAUCCGCAAACUGCCUUUCCAGCGUUUAGUCCGAGAAAUUGCCCAAGAUUUCAAGACGGAUCUGCGCUUCCAGAGCUCCGCUGUCAUGGCUCUGCAGGAGGCCAGCGAGGCUUAUUUGGUCGGCCUGUUUGAGGACACCAACCUGUGCGCCAUCCACGCCAAGAGAGUCACCAUCAUGCCCAAGGACAUUCAGCUGGCCCGCCGCAUCCGCGGAGAGCGCGCUUAAACCCGCAGCCGCUGCAUCAACCCCAUUAAACCCCAAAGGCUCUUUUAAGAGCCACCAAAAUUACACUGAAAGAUCAUUUUAGCUGUAAUGCUGAGGCUGAGUAUAACAGAUAAGUAGCGCUUUCUUAAUCCUCUAAGGAAUUAUAUUUUUUAGGUUUUUAUUGUAUUGUGUUGUUUUGUUUUUUUUUUUUUUUUUGUUUUGUUUUGUUUCACAAUUUCUGCCAAAAAAACAGAUGUUGAACACUGUUAGUGUUUCACAAUGACACACACUUGUAAGUAAAUAAAACAGAAUAAAUUACCAUACUUCCAAUAUACCAAUGUAUAAAAUUCAGCCAAGUGCAAUUACAUAAAUA